AUGGGCAAACCGUUACCGCCAUGUCCGCUGACAGGUUUUGGACUAACUCAAAUCUUGUCGAUUCUUGUUUUUUUUUUCAAUUUCAGUAUUCGUCCUUUUGAUGAUCUGGUUUAUGAAGAUUGCUACAAUAACGAAGACAGCGAUGACAAAUACGACUCGGAAGAUUCCAACGAAGAAAAUUACUUUGCUAACGAUUAUCCUGACGAAGACGAUGAAAUGGUUUGUAACAGCAGUGAAAGCCCAGAUGAAUAUGGCAAUGAAAAAUUCGAAAAUCUCAGUACAGCAAUGAACAAUUUUGUUUUCGGUAAGGAUGACGAAGAAACUGACAGUUCGUCUAGUUCCUCCUCGGCAGAUAAUGAUAAUUACUACAAUUCAUAUGAGGACCCUUAUAUUCAUACAAUCAAUUUUGAAGACGAGGAUUUUUGUGAAGACGUUGAUUAUUACGAUGCUGCACGCUAUGGAGUUGCCUACGCGCGUUACAAGGCUCGGCAUGUUAGAAUGAAUACUAACGCUCUCAGCAGUGGAGAGAAUGUUUUGAAGGCUAAUUCAGACGACAACGAUGAAGAUGAUGAUUAUAUUCCUUUCAGUGAUGAUUCUUUUCAGAGUGCUAAUGAGAAUGAACGUGAAGAAGAAUAAUAGAUACAGAUUAUACCAUGUUGAUUUAAAAAUAAAAGAUUGCAAGUUUUAGCACUCGAAAAUACCGAAAAAAGCCUAUCUAAUCUUCAAGCAACAAUUUUUGCAAAUUAUGUAAAUUUUUUUUCAAUGAAGAAUCUUGCUCGAUCUAAGUUGGAUGAAGACAGGGUUUGCGAAAAGUUCAAGGAGCUGUGAACGAGAAUGAUUACUUUACAAAGGAAUAUCGCUAAAAUACAGCUUUAACGCCUUUCUCAAUAACAGAAAGCCUUCCUUUAUGAAAAACUAACAUUCCAUAGUAUUUUCUUUAAAAUGUUAAAAAAAAACCGUUAGAAUAUUAACGAAGAUGAAUUCCUUUUUCUUACUAUCUACCACUAAAGCGACCAUUUGCCGCCAAUUUUUUCUUUAUUUUAGUUUUUGUUUCCG